AUGGAGUACUUCAACCAGAUCAAGAAUCGGCGGCGAUCGUCGCAGAUCAUCAAACCCUCGAACCCUGUUCUGAGUGCUGAGGAGGAAGCCUAUCUGCGACAACUCACUGCUCAGCCUGAGAAUACGGCUGAGCCUUCCGGGCAAGAAGAUACACCCGCACAAGCCACCGAAGGCUCUACAGAGAUCUCCCAACAGCCCGGCCUGAACGGGAGCUCUCAAGAAGCCCAGAAUGUCCCACUUCCUACUUCACCGGUAGAGGAGUUUGGAAAGGAACUGGGGGAAGAGGAGAGGAAAGCACAAGAGAAGCCUGAGACUAUUGGGAAGUCUGAAUCAAAACCCCCGAAGACAGAAGCUUCGGCUGCUCCCGAAAAGAAGAAGAAACGAUGGAGCACCACGUUUUGGAAGAAGAAUACGGACUCGGACAAGAAUAUGAAGCCGAGCACCGGAAUCGACUCACAAUCUCAAAGCCCUGCCCCUGCCACAACGUCCACGACCGACAGCGGGGAUCAAGCAAAGAAAGAGCAGGAGGACAUGACAGAUAUCCUCGAGCGGCUAAACCUCGCAGCAGACAAUAACCGUGUCUUCUCCGUCAGCGAUGAGACACAGGAACUGCUGCGAAAGUUCAAGCUCAUCUUCAAGGAUUUGAUCAACGGCGUCCCAACGGCCUACCACGACCUGGAAAUGCUCCUGACAAACGGGAACCGGCAAUUGCAAGACACCUAUACCAAGCUGCCUGGAUUCCUUCAGAAGCUGAUCGAGAAGCUUCCCGAGAAGUGGACCGAGACACUGGCUCCAGAGAUGCUUGCUGUGGCUGGCGAGCGCGCAGCCCAGAGUGGUAUCAACAUGGAGAAUGUGGGCAAGGCUGCAGCGGCCGCGAAUAAGGCCGGCCUGAACCUUCCAAGCUUGAAGGAGCUGGUUUCCAAGCCAGCUGCUAUUGUCGGAAUGCUACGAUCAAUCAUGGCGUUCUUGCGCGCCCGCUUCCCGGCUGUGCUGGGCAUGAACGUCCUUUGGUCACUGGCCUUGUUCACCCUCCUUUUCGUCCUGUGGUACUGCCACAAGCGGGGCCGCGAAGUCCGCCUGGAGAAUGAGCGCCUCGUGACCGAGGAGGAAAUAAACAAGCUCAAUGAGGGCACCGAAGAAGGCAAGAUUCGUACAACGGAGACCUUGACGACCACAGCGCCCCAGGGCGCCUCGGCCGAGGAGGUCCGUGAAGGCGUGAAGAAAGUCAACGAAGCCCGAGCUUUGGUAGUGCAAGCUCCUGUCGAUGCCUCUGAGCCCCUGAGUCCCAGCGAGGAGAAUGCCCAACCAAACCCAGCGCCAGCCCCGACUCGAUCCAAAUCGCGUCUCUCCAUCUUUGGACGUUUUCGUCCUGAGCCCACGCCUUCUAACAUCGGCCCCUACCCAGGAACCUAG